CUUUGGUGAGUUUAAUUAGUUAAAUUCUUCUUAUUACAAACUCUCCUCUUUUCUUUUCUUCAUCGGUUCUGUCUGUAAACUACUUCCACGAACUUGGGUUUGACUUCACCUUUUUUGCUUUGAUAAAUCAUUUCACACUUUGUCUUCUCUCUCUCUCUCUAACUAGUGUUUUAAUUUUGUCUUCUUCAGCCCCAGAUCACUUUGAUGUUUGUUUCUCAGUUACUCAUCAUAGUUUCCAGCACAAAAUCCUGAGAUCCGACCAGCUUAUGAUCCUCUCUCUCUCUCCUUAGAGCCACACUUACUGAUCAAUCUCCCAUCAGUAGCUUCUCUCUGAAAAAAAAUCCGAUCCCAUUGCUCAUCUUUGUCAAAAUCUGACUUCGGAGCGGAUAUAUAUAAUGCUUGAUUGCUUCCAUGUCAAUACUGUGUUGUGUUCCUGUAAUUGAAUGUGUAUACUGCUUGGGCUGUUCCCACUGGCUAUGGAAGAAAUGUAUGUACUCAGCAGGCCACGAGAGCGAGAGUUGGGGAUUAGCCACUUCUGACGAGUUCGUCCCCAUCCCUAGGCUCUGCCGUUUCAUCUUAGCCGUCUACGAGGAGGAUCUCCACAACCCCAUGUGGGCACCUCCUGGUGGUUACGGCCUUGACCCACAUCAAGUCAUCCUCAAGAAAGACUAUGACCAGACUCAAGGUCGUGUCACCCCUUACAUGAUCUACUUGGAUCACGAUAAUGACUCUGUUGUCUUGGCCAUUAGAGGGCUUAACUUGGCUAAGGAGAGUGAUUACGCAGUUCUGCUUGAUAACAAACUUGGACAGACUAAGUUUGAUGGAGGUUAUGUGCACAACGGGUUGUUAAAGGCUGCCAUGUGGGUUUUUGAGGAGGAGCAUGAGGUUUUGAAUAGAUUACUUGAGGAAAACCCGAGUUAUUCUUUAACGUUUGUUGGGCAUUCUCUAGGUGCAGGGGUUGUGUCCUUGUUGGUCUUGUUUGUGGUUCAGAACCGGAGUAGGUUAGGGAACAUAGAGAGGAAGAGGAUAAGAUGCUUUGCUAUUGCUCCUCCAAGGUGUAUGUCUCUCCAUCUUGCAGUCACUUAUGCUGAUGUCAUCAACUCUGUGGUUCUACAGGAUGAUUUUUUACCUCGGACUACCACGGCUCUGGAGGAUGUCUUCAAGUCAAUCAUCUGCUUGCCAUGCCUGUUGUGUCUCACAUGUGUGAAAGAUACAUUCACAUUCGAGGAGAAGAAGCUUAAGGAUACCAGGCGUCUAUAUGCCCCUGGUAGAUUAUACCACAUCGUUGUGCGCAAGCCCUUGAGAUUAGGAAGAUAUCCUCCUGUUGUGAGGACAGCUGUUCCAGUAGAUGGGAGGUUUGACCAGUUAGUUCUCUCAUGUAAUGCGACAGCAGAUCACGCCAUCAUCUGGAUUCAAAGGGAAUCACAGAGAGCUCUCGAUUUGAUGCUGGAAGAGGACCAAGUUAUGCAGAUACCUGUGGAGCAGAAAAUUGUGCGCCAGAAAUCAGUUGUUGAGGAUCAUGAAGAAGAAUACAGAGCGGCUAUCAUGAAGGCGGCUUCUCUGAACAUACCCAUGUCUCCAUCACCAUCAUAUGGAACAUUCCAUGAUACAGAAGAAGGAGAAAGCUCUGCAGGAGGAUCACUCAACGAAGGUUCCCCAUCCAUGUGGUCCUUCAAGGGAAUGAAAAGAAAAUGGAAUCAGUUCGUAGAUCGUCAUUUUCCUAUGGAUGAUGAUGACAGUGGACAUAUGAGAUUCAAGAAAGAGGAAUCUUAAACUUUGUUGUGUAGGUAAAAAAACACUAAAUCUUGUUAUAGGUGGUGUACAUGUAGAAUGUAGAGAUAUAGAAUCAGAAAAGCAUAGAAGUAGAUUGUCGAGAGAUUAAGAAUUUUCUUCAUUGAUUUUGCGAUAUCUGAUGUGAAGAUAUUGCAGUACCUUCUGUGUAGUAGAGCUUGUUCUGUUGCUUUCUAGUAUUGUUGUAUACAACUACAAAAUUGGUUUUGACUCC